AUGUCGAACCUCAACUCUUGGGAGGACGAUCCUGCGGCCCAGGACGAGAACCUCGCCCAGCAGGCUCAGCAGCAGCUCAACAUGAACCCUGCCGCUGGCGGUUUCCGACCCGGUGCUGCGUCGUUCCAGCCCACCGCUCAGACCUUCCAGCCCGGCCAGGCCUUUGGUGGAUAUGCGCAGCAAUACCAGCAGCAGCAGUAUUACGGGCAACAACAGGGAUACUACCCGCAGUAUGGUGGCGGCCAAGGAUUUGACCAGUACAACCAGUAUCAAAACUACGGCGGCGGUUACGGCCAGGGCUACAACCAGAACCAGAACUAUGGAGGCCAACAAGGAUAUCAACAAUAUCAACAGCAGAGAAACCAGCAGCAGCAGCCCGUUGCUCAAGCCCCCCAGAACAACGCCACCCAAGCUGCUCCUGUGAAGUCGCUCCCCGUCGACAAGCCUGCCGCUGCUGCCAGCGCACCGAAGCCCGUCGUCUCCAACGAAGGAGGUGCCAAGGUGCUCAGCAUUGGAGGUGAUGCAAAGCCCAAAGCUAAAGUGUUGUCGAUUGGCUCCACCUCCUCUUCCCCGGCCCCAACCCCGGCCAAGGAAGACGCCAAGGCUGAACCAUCCAACGAGCCGGACGCGGGCAAGAAGGUUACCGCAGCCAAGGCUAUCGAGAAGACUGGCGAAAAGGCUGGAAAGGGCACGGCCAGCGGAAAGUCCUCCGGACGGACAUCCCCGGACCCGUCAUCCGGCCGCUCCAGCCCUACUGGCGGGGCAGCAGAGAAGAAGGCCCAGCGGGAGGUUGAUGCGGUUCUAAAAGCACAAGCAGCUGAUGUGGAUGAUGACACUCUCAAGGAAAUUUACGGCAAGGAACACGUCAACAUCAUUUUCAUUGGACACGUCGAUGCAGGCAAGUCAACCCUGGGUGGAUCCAUCCUAUGGACCACCGGCAUGGUCGAUGAGCGUACCAUGGACAAGUAUAAGAAGGAGGCAAAGGACUUGGGUCGUGAAUCUUGGUAUCUCUCUUGGGUCAUGGACUUGACCAAGGAAGAGCGAACCAAGGGCAAGACUGUCGAGGUCGGACGUGGUUUCUUCGAGACUGAGAAGCGACGCUACAGUAUCCUGGAUGCUCCUGGACACAAGACAUAUGUUCCCAGCAUGAUCGGCGGUGCUUCACAGGCAGAUGUUGGUAUCCUCGUCAUCUCAGCACGAAAGGGUGAGUAUGAGACGGGUUUCGAAAGAGGAGGACAAACGCGUGAGCACGCCAUGCUUGCCAAGACCCAGGGUGUCAACAAGCUCAUCGUGGCAAUCAACAAGAUGGACGAUGUGACAGUUGAAUGGUCUGAGGAACGUUACAAGGAAUGUACGACCAAGCUGCAGCAGUUCUUGAAGGGUACUGGCUACAACCUGAAGACUGAUGUCUACUUUAUCCCUGUGGCUGCCCAGAUGUCCCUGAACAUCAAGGACCGAUUGCCCGCAGGCGUCGCUCCUUGGUGGAAGGGACCUUCACUGCUGGAGUACCUUGACAGCAUGCAGGCGCUGGAGCGCAAGGUCAACGCGCCAUUCAUGAUGCCAGUCAACGCCAAGUACCGAGAUCUGGGUACCAUGGUCGACGGCAAGAUUGAGGCUGGUGUGGUGAAGAAGGGCAUGUCGCUGAUUAUGAUGCCCCGGAAGCAGCCUGUGGAAACUGCCGCCAUCUACGGUGAACAGGAAGAGGAGCAGCCUAUUCUGCAGUGCGGUGACCAGGUGCGCCUGCGUCUCAAGGGCGUCGAAGAAGAAGACAUCCUGCCUGGAUUUGUGCUCUGCUCGCCUAAGCGACUGGUGCACUGCGUUACCGAGUUCGAGGCACAGAUCCGAGUCUUGGAGCUGAAGAGCAUCCUCACUUCUGGAUUCAAUUGCGUGCUGCACGUACAUGCCGCUAUCGAAGAGGUUACCUUUGCGGCUCUGCUGCACAAGCUGCAGAAGGGCACCAACCGCAAGAGCAAGCUGCCUCCCACACACGCCAAGAAGGGCGACAGCAUCAUUGCCAGGCUUCAGGUGACUGGAGGCGCCGGUAUGGUUUGCGUCGAGAAAUUCGAGGAUUACCCACAGAUGGGUCGUUUCACCCUCCGAGACCAGGGACAAACUAUUGCCAUUGGCAAGAUUACAAGACUCAUUACUAGUGAGGAGCAGUAA